AUAUCCUCUUCUCGUUCAAAUGUCUCCAGCAUGGAUGUUUGUGUACGUCGAUUGUACGCAUCAACCUGGACCGUUUGGCGUGAGGCUAUCCUGUAUCGUGUUCGAAUCGCUGAUCUCUCCCGACUGGCUGUGUGUCGUUGGGCUCUCUGUCUGCAGGCGCGAAUUUGGGCUGCCUGGCGUCGCUAUUUGACUGGCAGACGAGCAAAACGAGUCCGGGAGUUAGAGAUGGUGACCAAGCACCAGGAAUCGCAAAGAUGCCAAUCACUAGCCGCUUUCCUUGCAGCCGGGCUUGGCCUGCGUGCCAGGCGUCAAAGUCUUAUUUGCUGUGAAAUUUGGAAAAACGAUCAAAGACUAUUUUACCUAACUCUGCGAUUAGCAACCAAGUGGCGCCUGCUCGCAUUUCGCAGGAAACAUGACCCUACGCUGUCAGCUCGUCUUCCUUUGACAAACCCAGAUUUGGGGCUAGAGAUUUCUGAAUAUUGCAAACAAAAACUCUCCUCUGGACAUUGGCCGAAUUCUCUGACUUAUGUAAAAACGCCCCUCUCUCACCCUCGGCCUCAUAUACCUGAUUUUCUCAUCCCUGCUUUAUUAGACAGGGGCCUUUAUGAACCACUUCACGAAGAACUGACCUCCAGGCAGAAGUCGGAACCUGAUGAGCCAGGUUAG